CAAGCACUAAGCGCCAAAAAGAAAGAGGUGCAUGGGGGAUCGAUAGGGAUUGUAAUCAAUUCAGUUUACUUCACGAGACUUCAAUCAUUUCAGCUCCAUUACCAUACCCAUCCCCUGUUGGAGUUUUCUUUUUUACUUUCCAUGCAAGAAAACAAUUAAAGAUAUACUUUCCAUAAAUAGCAGGCAUGAAAAGCAAGGCAACGAGAAUAUUGAAUGUUGUGUUUAAUUGAGAGAGAGAGAGAGAGAGAGAGAUGGCAAGUGAUGAGGUGGUGAAGAGGGUGGAGUGUGCAUGCUGCGGCAUUUGGGAGGAGUGCACCACCGGCUACAUCGGCUGGGUUCGGGAGCGGUUUGGCGGGGACUGGGUCUGCGGCCUCUGCGAAGAAGCCGUCAAAGAUGAGCAGGCGCGGCUUGGCGUUGGAGUUGAAGUUGCUCUGAGGGUGCAUGCAACCUUUAGAGAGGUGGCUGCACAUGCUGAUCCGGCUGCUUCCAUUGUUGAGCUAAUCAAAAAGAUUAUGUGUUCUUCUUUAUCAACUACUAAUAAGGCUUCUUUGCCAUGAGCUUUUUAACUCCUAAUUAAGUACCUUGUACACCAAGCUAACGUUGAUGAUGCUUAGCUUAAUUAUGAUGUUAAUGGAGCUGGAAAAACAGUUAGCCACCUGCUCCUUCAUGUAAAGGCUAAUUGUUCAGCACUGAUUAAUUAAUGGCGGAAAUAUUCU